CAUGUGGAGGAGGUAAGAAGCGGAUUGCGACUGAGGACAAAUUCAGCUGUCAAAGAAGCUUUGUUCUAUCAGGAGUUUCAUUCGGCGAUCAUGGAUUUAAACGAGGACGGCGCAGUGGAAAUUCACGUUUGCUGAUCCAGCCCGAUUCUAUCAUUUUUUCGCCUCAUUCUUUCUUUUGUGAAGGCACAGUCCAGGGUGAGGCAACAUGUCAGACAAGAUGUCCAGUUUCCUCCACAUCGGGGACAUCUGCUCUCUCUAUGCGGAGGGCUCCACCAGUGGAUUUAUCAGCACUUUAGGGCUUGUGGAUGACCGCUGUGUGGUACAGCCAGACACAGGGGACCUCAACAACCCGCCCAAGAAGUUCAGAGACUGCCUUUUCAAGCUGUGCCCCAUGAAUAGGUACUCUGCACAGAAACAGUUUUGGAAGGCAGCAAAACCAGGUGGAAACAGCACCACUGACACAGUGCUCCUCAAUAAACUCCAUCAUGCUGCUGAUCUGGAGAAGAAGCAGAAUGAGUCAGAGAACCGAAAGCUGCUAGGAACUGUUAUCCAGUACGGAAAUGUCAUUCAGCUGUUGCACUUGAAAAGCAAUAAGUACCUGACGGUGAAUAAGCGUCUCCCUGCCCUGUUGGAGAAGAAUGCUAUGAGGGUGACGCUGGACUCUGCAGGCAACGAAGGCUCCUGGUUUUACAUCCAGCCCUUCUACAAGCUGCGCUCCCUGGGAGACAGUGUGGUGAUUGGAGACAAGGUGGUCCUUAACCCUGUGAACGCUGGACAGCCCCUUCAUGCCAGCAGCCAUCAGCUGGUCGACAACCCAGGAUGCAAUGAGGUGAACUCCGUGAACUGCAACACAAGUUGGAAAGUAGUUUUGUUUAUGAAAUGGAGUGACAACAAGGAGAUUAUUCUUAAAGGGGGUGACGUCGUUCGGCUGUUCCAUGCAGAGCAGGAGAAGUUCCUGACAUGUGACGACUUCAAAAAGAAGGAGUAUGUAUUUCUCAGGACUACAGGACGCCAGUCCGCCACUUCCGCCACUAGCAGCAAGGCAUUAUGGGAAGUGGAGGUGGUCCACCAUGACCCGUGUCGGGGCGGGGCUGGCUACUGGAACAGCCUGUUUAGGUUCAAACACCUUGCCACAGGGUCUUACUUGGCUGCUGAGGUGAAUCCUGACUAUGUGGAAGAAUGUCCUGAGCCCCGAUCCUCAGUGGUGGAUUUUGUUCCCUUUAACUUCCAGUUGGACUCGGAUCAUGAAGCCCUGCGAGCGCGUCUGCGAACCCCUCAAGAGAGAGUCAUGUACCAACUGGUGUCUGUCCCUGAUGGCAUGGACAUCUCCUCUAUCUUUGAGCUGGACCCAACCACCCUGAGAGGGGGUGACUCCCUGGUGCCCAGGAACUCUUUCGUGAGGCUCAGGCACCUCUGCACCAACACAUGGGUCCACAGCACCAACAACCCCAUUGACAAGGAGGAGGAGAAGCCUGUCAUGUUACGGAUUGGUACAUCAGCGGUUAAAGAAGACAAAGAGGCCUUUGCCAUAGUGCCUGUCCCCCCAGCAGAAGUCAGAGACUUAGACUUGGCCAACGAUGCCAGUAAAGUGUUAGCAUCCAUCGCUGGCAAGCUGGAGAGGGGCACUAUAACCCAGAAUGAGAGGAGGUUUGUCACUAAGCUUCUAGAGGACCUGGUCUUCUUCGUGUGUGACAUCCCCAACACUGGCCAGGAUGUGCUGGAGAUCAUGGUCAACAAGCCCAAUCGAGAGAGACAGAAACUCAUGAGGGAACAAAACAUUCUUAAACAGAUUUUCAAACUUCUCCAAGCCCCGUUCACGGACAGCGGGGAUGGUCCCAUGCUGCGAUUGGAAGAGCUUGGUGACCAGCGCCACGCCCCCUUCAGGCAUAUCUGCAGGCUCUGCUACAGGGUAUUACGGCACUCCCAACAAGACUACAGGAAGAACCAGGAGUACAUAGCCAAGCAGUUCCGCUUCAUGCAGAAACAGAUAGGCUACGAUGUUCUGGCUGAGGACACGAUAACAGCCCUGCUCCACAACAACCGCAAGCUCCUUGAGAAACACAUCACAGCUGCUGAGAUUGACACCUUCGUCACCUUGGUCAGGAAGAACCGGGAGCCCAGGUUUCUGGACUACCUGUCUGACCUGUGUGUGUCCAUGAACAAGUCCAUCCCAGUGACUCAGGAGCUAAUCUGUAACGCCGUGCUGGACCCUUCCAACGCAGACAUCCUCAUCGAGACUAAGCUAGUGCUGUCGCGCUUCGAGAUUGAGGCUGUAACAAUUGGGGAGGCUCCCGUGGAAACGGAGGAGGACGAAGAAGAGGUGUGGCUCUUCUGGAGGGACAACCUCAAGGAGAUCAGGAGCAAGAGUGUCAGAGAGCUGGCCCAGGACGCCAAGGAGGGCCAGAAGGAGGACCAGGAGGUGGUCAGCUAUUACAGGUACCAGCUGAACCUGUUUGCGCGGAUGUGUCUGGACCGUCAGUACCUGGCCAUCAAUAAGAUCUCUGGCCAGCUGGACGUGGACCUGAUCCUGCGCUGCAUGUCUGACGAGGACCUGCCCUACGACCUGCGUGCCUCCUUCUGCCGCAUGAUGCUGCACAUGCACGUGGACCGCGACCCCCAGGAACAGGUCACCCCCGUCAAGUACGCCCGCCUGUGGUCUGAGAUUCCCUCCAAGAUCGCCAUCGGCGACUACGACAAUGAUGGGACAACCAGAGAUGAGAUCAAGGAGAGGUUCUGCCUGACCAUGGAGUUUGUGGAGAACUACCUGAUGUCUGUGGUGUCUCAGAACAUCCCCUUCGACGACAAAGAGAAAAACAAGCUCACCUUCGAGGUAGUUAACCUGGCAAGGAACCUCAUUUACUUUGGCUUCUACAACUUCAGUGACCUGCUGCGACUGACUAAGAUCUUAUUGAACAUCCUGGACUGUGUUCAUGUCAGCACCAUAUACCCCGUCACCAAGCUGGAGAAAGGAGAGGAAAAACAAGGCAGUAAUGUGAUGAAGUCUAUCCAUGGGGUGGGGGAGCUUAUGACCCAGGUGGUCCUCAGAGGUGGGGGUUUCCUACCCGUCACCCCCACCCACCAGCCGGAGGAGGGCGUGGUCAAGACCCAGACGGAGCCGGAGAGGGAGGACAUCAUGGUGAUGGACACUAAGCUCAAGAUCAUUGAGAUCCUCCAGUUCAUUCUGAAUGUGCGGCUGGACUACAGGAUCUCCUGCCUACUCUGUAUCUUCAAGCGGGAGUUUGAUGAGAGUAACCCUCAGGGUGAUGGCGCACCAUCUAGUGCUAGUCAGGAUGGAAAUAAUAUGACAGGGGCUCUAGAUUUUGAGAACAUUGAGGAGCAGGCAGAGGCGAUCUUUGGAGGAAGUGAGGAGAACACCCCUCUGGACCUGGAUGACCAUGGAGGGAGAACCUUCCUGAGGGUGCUGCUACACCUCACCAUGCAUGACUAUCCUCCCCUGGUGUCUGGGGCCCUCCACCUGCUCUUCAGACACUUCAGCCAGAGACAAGAGGUCCUCAUGGCCUUCAAACAGGUCCAGCUCUUGGUAACUAGCCAAGAUGUGGACAACUACAAGCAGAUCAAGUCAGACCUGGACCAGCUGCGCUCCAUUGUAGAAAAGUCUGAGCUGUGGGUUUACAAGAGGCAGGGGGAUGAUGACGGAGGGGACGGACCCUCAGAGUCCGACCAUAAAAAUAAGGGGGAUUCAGGCAGCUCAGACAAAAAGAAGACGGAAACCACCAGCAGUUAUAAUUACAGGGUUAUGAAAGAGAUCCUGCUGCGGCUCAGUAAGCUGUGUGUCCAGGAGGGAGCGUCAGGGAAGAAGAGUAAGAAGCAGCAACAGAGACUACUGAGGAACAUGGGGGCCCACAGUGUGGUGCUGGAGCUACUGCAGAUCCCCUAUGAGAAGGGUGAGGACGUCCGCAUGCAAGAGAUCAUGAAGCUGGCCCAUGAGUUCCUCCAGAACUUCUGUGCAGGGAACCAGCAGAACCAGAUCCUGCUGCACAAGCACAUUAACCUGUUCCUCAACCCAGGGAUUCUGGAGGCAAUCACCAUGCAACACAUCUUCAUGAAUAACUUCCAGCUGUGCAGUGAAAUCAACGAGCGCGUGGUGCAGCACUUUGUCCACUGCACCGAGACGCAUGGCCGCCAUGUACAGUACCUCAAAUUCCUGCAGACCAUUGUCAAGGCUGAGAACAAGUUCAUCAAGAAGUGUCAGGACACCGUCAUGGCUGAGCUGGUGAACUCAGGCGAGGACGUGCUGGUGUUCUACAACGACCGUGCAUCCUUCCAGACUCUGGUCACGAUGAUGCGGUCGGAACGGGACCGUAUGGAUGAGAACAGCGCUCUGAGGUACCACAUCCACCUGGUAGAGCUGCUGGCCGUCUGCACCGAGGGAAAAAAUGUUUACACAGAGAUCAAGUGCAACUCUCUGCUGCCUCUGGAUGACAUAGUGAGGGUGGUCACCCAUGAGGACUGCAUCCCUGAGGUGAAGAUAGCCUACAUCAACUUCCUGAAUCACUGCUACGUGGACACAGAGGUGGAGAUGAAGGAGAUCUACACAAGCAACCACAUGUGGAAGCUCUUUGAGAACUUCCUGGUGGACAUAUGCAGGGUGUGCAACAACACCAGUGACAGGAAGCAUGCAGACACGGUUCUGGAGGGUUACGUGACAGAGACGGUCAUGAGCAUCGUCACCACAUUCUUCAGCUCGCCCUUCUCUGACCAGAGCACCAGUCUGCAGACUCGCCAGCCGGUGUUCGUUCAGCUCCUUCAGGGGGUGUUUAGGGUGUUCCACUGUAAUUGGCUCAACCCCACACAGAAGGCCUCAGUUGAGGCCUGUAUUAAGGUGCUGUCGGAUGUGGCCAAGAGUAGAGCCAUUGCCAUCCCUGUGGACCUGGACAGCCAGGUGAACAACCUGUUUGUCAAGUCCAACAAUGUGGUCACCAAGUCCAUCCUGAGCUGGAGGCUCUCUGCUAAGAAUGCCCCCAGGAGGGACUCCAACGCCACCACGUCAGUCAGCUACAGGAACAUCAUAGAGAGGCUACAGGACAUAGUGUCGGCCCUGGAGGACCGUCUGCAUCCCCUGGUCCAGGCUGAGCUGUCUGUCCUGGUGGACGUGCUGCAUCGCCCUGAGCUGCUGUUUCCUGAGAACACAGACGCCCGCAGGAAAUGUGAGAGCGGCGGCUUCAUCUCCAAGCUCAUCAAACACACCAAACAGCUGCUGGAGGAGAACGAGGAGCGGCUGUGUAUCAAGGUGCUGCAGACUCUGAGGGAGAUGAUGACCAAAGACCGUGGCUAUGGGGAGAAGCACAUUGCCUUUGAUGAUGAGAUGGAUGUGGCUGAGCUGGCCCCUCCGCUGGCUGAGCCAGAAGUUCCUGCUGCAGAUGAGCUUGACCCCAACCAGCCCGAGAAGCAACUGGAGGACCAGAGGAGGGGUGAAGCCCUGAGGCAGAUUCUGGUGAAUCGUUACUAUGGGAACAUCAAGCCUGGGGCCAGAAGGGACAGUGUGACGACGUUCAUCAAUGGCCCUGUCCCCCCUGGAACAGAAGGGAAACCUCGAGCAGUGGUGAGUUCAGGGGCGGCCGCAGCCCGAGGGGAGCUGACCCUGCAUGAGGUCCAGUGCCGUCUGGAUAAAGAGGGUGCAUCCGACCUGGUAAUUGACCUCAUCAUGAACGCCACGAGCGACCGUAUCUUCCAGGAGAGCAUCCUAUUGGCCAUCGCCCUGCUGGAGGGCGGGAACACGGUCAUCCAGAAAUCCUUCUUCAUGCGCCUGACAGGAGAAAACAAGUCAGAGAUGUUCUUCAAGGUGUUCUAUGAGAGGAUGAAGCUGGCCCAGCAGGAGAUCAAGGCCACUGUGACUGUCAACACCAGCGAUCUGGGCAGCAAGAAGAAGGACGAGGAGCCCCCAGACAAGGACAUGCCCACCGCUAAAGGAAAGAAAGGGAAGGUGGUGGCUACGGUGGCGGUUGCUGCGGUGACGGAGGAGGUCAAGGAGCAGCUGGUGGAAGCGUCCAUGGUCACUAAGAAGGCGUUCACCACGUACCGCCGUGAGGCCGAGGCCGAGGAGCACUUGGCCACCGCCGAGUGUCAGGGCCCCGCCAGCACGCCUGAUGACCAAGAAGGGGAGAUGAGUGUCAUCAUUACCAUCAUGCAGCCCAUCCUGCGCCUCAUGCAGCUGCUGUGUGAGAACCACAACAGGGAGUUGCAGAACUUCCUGAGGUGUCAGAACAACAAGAACAACUAUAACCUGGUGUGUGAGACGCUGCAGUUCCUGGACUGUAUCUGUGGCAGCACCACGGGAGGCCUGGGGUUGCUGGGACUCUACAUCAAUGAGAAGAACGUAGGCCUCAUCAACCAGACAGUAGAGAGCCUCACAGAGUACUGCCAGGGACCCUGCCAUGAGAACCAGAACUGCAUCGCCACUCAUGAAUGCAACGGUAUCGACAUCAUCAUCGCUUUGAUCCUCAAUGACAUCAACCCCCUGGGCAAGAAGAGGAUGGACCUGGUGCUGGAGCUCAAGAAUAACGCCUCCAAGCUCCUCUUGGCCAUCAUGGAGAGUCGCCAUGACAAUGAGAAUGCAGAGAGGAUACUGUACAACAUGAGGCCUAAAGAACUGGUGGAGGUGAUAAAGAAGGCCUACAUGCAGGGAGAGGUGGAGCCGGAGGAGCCUGCUGAGGAAGAUGAAGAUGGUGAGGAAGAGCAUACUGCCUCUCCACGAAACGUGGGCCACAACAUCUACAUCCUGGCUCAUCAGUUGGCCCGCCACAACAAGGAGCUGCAGGCCAUGUUGAAGAUCUAUGGGGAGGGGGAUGAUGCCUUGGAGUUCUAUGCCAAGCACACAGCUCAAAUUGAGAUUGUGCGGCUGGAUCGCACCAUGGAGCAGAUAGUCUUCCCCGUGCCCAACAUCUGUGAGUUCCUCACCAACGAGUCCAAGCUGCGGGUGUACUACACCACGGAGCGUGACGAGCAGGGCAGCAAGAUCAACGACUUCUUCCUGCGCUCUGAGGACCUCUUCAACGAGAUGAACUGGCAGAAGAAGCUGCGAGGUACUCAAGAGCCAACCACUGGUAACGCAAACACGGUUCCCUCCCAGCCCAUUCUAUACUGGUGCUCUCGCAACAUGUCCUUCUGGAGCAGCAUCUCCUUCAACCUGGCUGUACUCAUGAACUUGCUGGUGGCCUUCUUCUACCCUCUGGAAGGAAUCCGCAGAGGUACUCUGGAUGGUCACCUGUCAGCCCUGCUGUGGAUCGCCAUGCUGGUGUCCCUGGCGAUCGUCAUCAUCCUGCCCCAGCCCCACGGCGUCCGGGUCCUCAUCGCCUCCACCAUCCUCCGCCUCAUCUUCUCUGUGGGCCUGGAGCCCACCCUCUUCCUGCUAGGGGCCUUUAACGUGGGCAAUAAGAUGAUCUUCUUGAUGAGUUUUGUGGGGAACAGGGGGACGUUCACGCGGGGCUACAAGGCCAUGAUCAUGGAUGUAGAGUUUCUCUACCACCUCCUCUACCUGAUCAUCUGUAGUCUGGGUGUCUUCGUCCAUGUUUUCUUCUACAGUCUGCUGCUCUUUGACCUGGUGUACAGGGAGGAGACGCUGCUGAACGUGAUCAAGAGUGUAACCCGUAAUGGCCGCUCCAUCCUGCUGACUGCCGUGCUGGCUCUCAUCCUGGUCUACCUCUUCUCCAUCGUUGGCUACAUCUUCUUCCAAGAUGACUUCCUCCUCAAUAUUGACAGGAUACCUAAUAAAACACUAGAGAGUGGAGCCAGUAUGGUGGGAGAUUUUCUGUCAGCAGGAGUGUGUCGGAAGGACAGCGGGGAGAACUGCUCCACAGAAGCUGUUAUGGAUGCUGCCAUAGCCACCCAGCCGUCGGCGGUGGUGAUUGAGGACAAGGAGCGGUCGUGUGACUCCCUCCUCAUGUGUAUCGUCACUGUCCUGAGUCACGGCCUGAGGAGUGGAGGUGGUGUGGGGGAUGUUCUGCGGAAGCCAUCCAAAGAGGAGCCUCUAUUUGCUGGCAGGGUGAUAUAUGACCUACUUUUCUUCUUCCUCGUCAUCAUCAUCGUCCUCAACCUCAUCUUCGGAGUCAUCAUCGACACCUUUGCUGACCUCAGGAGUGAGAAACAGAAAAAGGAGGAAGUCCUGAAGACAACAUGCUUCAUCUGUGGCCUAGAAAGGGACAAGUUUGACAACAAGACGGUGACAUUUGAAGAGCACAUCAAGGUGGAGCACAACAUGUGGCACUACCUGUUUUUCAUAGUGCUGGUCAAGGUGAAGGACUCCACAGAGUACACAGGACCAGAGAGCUACGUCGCUGAGAUGAUCAGGGAGCACAACCUGGACUGGUUUCCACGGAUGCGGGCCAUGUCCCUGGUAUGUAGCGAUGCGGACGGGGAGCAGAAUGAGAUCAGGAGCCUGCAGGAGAAACUGGAGUCCACCAUGAAGCUAGUCUGCAACCUCUCUGGACAACUGACCGAGCUCAAGGAGCAGAUGACAGAGCAGAGGAAGCAGAAACAGAGGAUCGGACUGUUGGGUCAUCCUCAGCAUCCUCAACACGCCAACCCCCAGCAAACUGCGUGAGGCUGAGGCAAGGAUGCCCCCCCCUCCUACCCAGCCACAAGACCCAGGGAGAGCUACUUCUACUGCUUUGUGUUUGAAUAGGGAACAGAUUGCAGAGUCUUCACUUAGUGCUCCCUCCCGUCCUGCAUAUAUACUGUAGCUACCAAAUGUGUUUGUGAAGCGUAGCACAUUGAAUUAGCUAGUCAUAUAUUUGUAAUAUGUAGGUUAGCCUACAAAGGUAUAACUCAAACAAAAUCACUCACCACACCCAGGCAACCCAUCCUUUUUCCAGUCCAGUUGGGAUCGGUGCCAAAUGUUUUCUAUGUAAAAAUGUAAGUGAAUUCUCAUUACAUGGCCUUUACUGGGUGAACUUGAAAUACAGCAGAGCAGGGCCGGCGUUAUGGGCGGGCUGUAGGGGGCCUGGUCUGCCCUACCGUACCUCCUUGAAAUAUUGAUAAUUUAUUUGACUGAGAAGUCAAAGACGCAUCAAUCUCAGAUAAAGCAUGCGAGCGAAACAGCGCCCCUCUGUCUCCGUAUGUGUAGACCAUGUAUCUGAUGCUGUUUGAACAAAAGGAGUAUGUCAUGUCAUACUUUAUCUGGCCAGACAGCAUCAGAUACAUGGGCUACAGGUAGUAAUACAGAGUGGUGCUGUUUCGCUCCAUGGUUUCAGCAAAGAGGCAGAGGUGAAGCAAGAGGGCUCACUCUCGCCACAAAUCUGUCCUGAAUGCGUUUCUAUGGGCAUAAUAUGCAGACCUAAGCUUGUUGCCUGCAUUCCCACAGUGACUCGCACUGUUAGGGCGGAGACAUGAGCAUCUCGUCAUUAUAUAUAGACAUCUGGUUUCAGCCACUUGCGAAUUACAAAGAAAAGUUGGUGGGUAAACAGUGUACUGUUCGAAUAGUAGCUUCCCCUAAAGUAAAUUGAUGUUUUGCCAAAAUUAUAUUAUGACUUCUGUCUAAAUAAAAUAAUAGUAAAUACUUUACCAGAGAUCUUGACUUAGCCACAGAGGAUCAUUCGUUUUUUUUUUUUUUUUUUAAAUAGCUGUGGAUUAUUUCAAAUCACAAGUGCAUAGGCCUAUGCCUAUUUGGAAAGCCAGCUAUUUUGGCAAUAAGCCUAGCUAAUUAUUGAAUUGUGGCUGUCAGCGGAAAAACAUCUAAAAUGUGUGAAGAUAAUGUGUCUUGAGUAUAAUUUAAAAUGUUGAGACAAGAAGCGGAGGGGUGUGGCAAAGAUAUGGGCGUCUCUCUCCAGAAUGCAUGCACUCAGCUCUCCAGAAUAUGUCCCGCUGUCUCCCGUGAAUUCUUGCACAUUCAUUGUGUGAAUGGUUUUCCCUUUGAUCAUUUAUUUUGAUAAAUUCCCCAUUACACAUGUAACCAGUAGGCCUAGUAAAUGUACCGUUAAUCUCUGUUAUUUGGUUACAUUAAUUUCUGCAGUCAUUUACUGUUCUCAUUCUCGGAGUGGAAACAUUGUUUACAGAGUUCACAACCUGCUUGCUACACUUGUGAGAACCAAGUUUUGGUUUAUUUGAUAACCAUCAUUUUAGGAUUUUUGUCCUUGUAUUUUGUUUGGAGUGCUCCAUGUGAGCAAUGAGCAUGUGAGUGGUUUCUCUCCCCUGAUAAAGUUGAGGGAGCGCCUGAGCACGCCAACCUGCUGAGUUGAUACAAUGUUGCACUAGCAAGUCGAGACAGAUAGAUAGAAAGACAGGCAGGCAGGUACAGUAGAGCGAUGAAUGUGAUUGAAAGAACCUGAAUUUUCUUCAGGAUAUUUUCUACAGUUUUUAUUUGUCGCGUUAGGCCUAUGUAUUUUACUUAGUUGACGAUGGAAGUUGUUGGUCUAGGUGCUGCAUUGGCCUAUAGGCGAUCUCUGAACUCUGUGUUAAUUUCUUUAGCCUAUAAACCUUAAAAAAUAAAGGGAGUCGCACACUCCAUAUAUAAACUCUCAGUAAUUUAUUGGGUAAAUCACCAACAUUUCGGCGUGACUCUCUUUAUUUUUAUAGUUUAUUCGCCAUUCGUCAGCACAUCCACACAAAAUACGUUUUCUGGAUGUGCGCCAGCUCAUGUUUAUUUUAUACAUUUCUUUAGCCGCCAAUGGAUCACGGUGUAUCAAUGUGUCCAUUUGGCAGAGGUUGGUGCUCUUGCAUUGGUUGAAUUUUAACUUUUAGAUUUGUGUCAUUUUAAUUCAGAUUUUUAUGAUUAACCACGUAACAAUAAUUUUGAAAAACAAAAACAUUAUUAUGAAAAUGAAACUGUUCCACAAAAUGUGCAUAUACAAAUAAUCAUAAUUGAUACGCAGAUAGGUAGAAAUGGCGGGAUAAACUGUAAGCUUCCCCAAACUUGAAACUCACGAGCUGCCUAUGGCCUUUAUUAUAACACCCAUCACCAAAAUUUGUGCAAGCGCAUGCACGCAAGAGGUCCCGUGAAAAAAAAUGGGUCCGCC